CUGAUUCAGCGCUGCGAUUUUAUCUUUGGAGGAAGGCGACUUUUGACUUCUUCAACCGAUACUUCAAGUUGAGGCUUUUGACUACGUUGCUGGCUGUCAGUCGAGGAAACGGUCACCAUGGCUCCUAUAUCGUCCAGCUAUACGCCCCUCACGAAUAAUUGGACUUUCAAGCAGGGCAGUCUCUCCUCCAACAAUUCUUACCUCCCUGCAAACCCUGCUCCUACAGAAAUCUACUUGGACCUUCUCAAAAAUGGGAUCAUCGCGGACCCCUUCAAAGACAUGAACGAGCUUUCCGUCCGCUGGAUAGCCGACGAGACAUGGACGUAUCGCACCACUUUUCCCACGCCUCCAAAUCAUGGAAAGCCUAGCGUAAUCACGGAAGUGAGGUUCGAGGGACUAGAUACGUUUGCUUCGGUUUACUUAAACGGGAAGUUGAUUCUGGAGAGCGAGAACAUGUUUGUCACACAUCGCAUUAAUGUUACCUCGGCACUCAAGACGAAUGCAGAAGAAGAGAAUGUACUAGAAAUUGUGUUCGAGUCAGCUAGGAAGAAGGGGCUAGAGUUGAUUGAUCAGCAUCCAGAGCACAGGUUUAUUGUGCAUCAGACGGAGAUAUCGAGAGGGCCAGUUAGGAAAGCUCAGUAUCAUUGGGGAUGGGAUUGGGGUCCCAUAUUACUUACUUGUGGGCCUUGGAAGCCAGUAUUGCUUGAGACGUAUACUGCCCGGAUUGAGGAUGUGUGGGUAGCGUACGAGCUUAGUGGUGGCUUGAAGAAGGUUCAAGGGAAAAUAUAUGCGCGAGUAGAGGGCGCGAAGGGACAUGUGGAUUUUGAGAUUAAGAAGCCAAACGACAUCCUUUCCAAGCUGGAAGGUAAAGGCGUAGAUGGAGUCUACUCCGCUGACUUCGAUCUCGAUGUUGAUCUCUGGUGGCCUCGCGGAUACGGUUCCCAAACACUCUACACCGUCUCCGCGAUGCUCACCUCGGAAGACAAAACCAUCCUGGACCAGUCUUCCAAAAUGAUUGGUUUCCGCAAAGUCGAACUCAUUCAAGAAAAAGACUCCGUUGGUCAAUCCUUCUACUUCCGUAUCAACAAUACCGACAUCUUUGCGGGAGGCUCAUGUUGGAUCCCCACCGACUCGUUCCUCACCCGAGUCGACCCUGAGAUCUACCGUAACUGGAUAAAGUUAGCCGUAGAAGGAAACCAGAUCAUGAUUAGGAUUUGGGGCGGUGGUAUAUACGAAGCUGGUGCAUUCUACGAAUCUUGCGACGAGUUUGGAUUGUUGGUUUGGCAGGACUUCAUGUUUGCCUGUGCUAAUUAUCCUGCGUAUCCUGAGUAUGUAAAGUCUGUGGAAGAAGAAGCAAGACAGAAUGUACGGAGACUUCGAAACCAUCCUUCAAUCGUGAUAUGGGCCGGCAACAACGAGGACUAUCAAAUCGUCGAGCGGUACGGUCUCGAGUACCGUUAUAAAGAAGACAAGGAUCCGCAAUCGUGGCUUAAGACUGAUUUCCCCGCACGGUAUUUGUACGAGUAUCUACUCCCAAAAGUAGUCGAUGACGAAGCAAAAGGUGUUCCUUAUCAUCCUAGCUCCCCUUUCGGCAACGGUGUCAGCACUGUCUUAAAAGUCGAUCCAACAGUCGGCGAUGUCCACCAAUGGAAUGUCUGGCAUGGUGACAUGAAACCAUACCAAGUGCUUCCGCACAUGGGUGGUCGCUUUGUUUCCGAGUUCGGCAUGGAAGCCUAUCCGCACCUUGAAACUACCGAAAAAUCCAUCACUCGUGAGGCAGAUAGAUACCCUGGAUCCAUGGCAAUGGACUUCAGAAACAAGGCAAUUUGCCAUGAACGACGUCUCGUUUCCUAUGUCACGGAGAAUUUCCAGAUCAAGUACGACCUCCCAGGCUUCACAUAUCUAACGCAGGUGAUGCAAGCAGAUGCCAUAGCAUGGGCAUACAAAUCAUGGCGUCGGCAGUGGGGUACCCCGGGAAAGCGACAAUGUGGAGGUGUUCUCGUAUGGCAGUUGAAUGACUGCUGGCCGACGAUGUCAUGGGCGGUGGUGGAUUACUAUUUGGUUCCAAAGCCUGCGUACUACGCGAUAAAGCGUGCGAUGGCGCCAGUCACGAUAGGUGUAUCCAGGAAGUUUCACAAUUGGACAAUGCGACCAGCGGAUGACUUGUGGAAGAGGGAUACUUCGCACAUCGACAUGCGACAGAUCUGGGAGGACAUCCAAUUCGAUGUAUGGGUUGCAAGCAGUCUGGUGGAAAACUUGAAGGGAAAGAUAGUAGUGAAGUUCGUCUCUGUCCUUACCGGGAGGGAGGUUCACGAGAGGCUUGCCGAAAACGUGAGUAUCGAUACCAACGGAACAACGGAAGUAUUUCGAAACAAGAAAGUCGACACCGUGAAGCUCCAAGACCCAAAUUGUCCUUUCGAUACUUACAAAGCAGAUCCAUUCGUCAUCCACGUCUCACUCUUGGUUGAUGGCCAAGAAGUCGCAACUGAUACGUCUUGGCCCGAUCCCAUCAAGUACCUCACCUUCCCUGACAGGGGCAUCGAUUUUCACUAUUCAAGCGAUCGAUCAAUUAUAACUGUGUCAGCGUCCAAACCAGUGAAGGGAUUUGUCUUGACCGAAAAGCAGGGUGUAAGGCUGAGUGAUAAUGGCAUUGAUAUCAUGCCUGGCGAGUCAAAGACCGUUGUCGUCGAAGACGGUGACAUUGGUGCCCUAGAGUGGAGGCAUGUUGGUAUGUGA